UUACCGAUUCUGGAUUGAUGUUAUCAUCAUCGAACUUUAUUCAAAAAUAUCUUGUGUCGAGAAGACCCAUUGCAGUGCCAGUAAUGGCGGCAACACUCGGUUUCAUGCCGAACCCCCUCUGCAUCUCAAUCUCGAGAAUCCACAAUAAAAUCCCUGUUAUUCAAAACCCAUUCGCUCUUAUUCUUUAUACUCCUCUCUCCCCUCAAAUCCGCUCAUCUUCUUCUAUCACCUAUUCCUCAAUUUCAAACCAAAAUGACACCUACCCUUUAUCCUUGCUACACAAAGAAGAAGAAGAAGAAGAAGAAGAAGAAGAAGAAGAAGAAGACUUUGAAUAUGAAGUCGAAGAACAUGGUCGUAAUGAUGACGAAGAUGAUGUUAGGAUUGAAGAUGGCGAAGAAGGUCGCCCUGUAAAUUUGGGUUUGGAGGUGGUCGGAGGAAUUACCCAGGCUAAGAAUGUGAAACUGCCGAAUCUGACUAUUAAGGAGAAGAAAGAGCUGGCUUCGUAUGCACAUGGUUUAGGGAAGAAAUUGAAGUGUCAACUGGUGGGAAAAUCUGGUGUUACUGAUAAUGUCAUUUCCUCUUUUCUCGAGACCCUUGAAGCCAAUGAACUUCUAAAGAUCAAAAUUCACCGGACUUGUCCCGGAGAGCUAGAGGUUGUGGUGAGCCAACUUGAGCAAGCAACUGGUUCAAUCGUCGUCGGUCAAAUUGGUCGGACUGUGAUCAUAUACAGGCCUAGUCUCACCAAAAUGAAGGCUGAAGAGAAAAAGAAAGAGUUUCAAAGAGCUUUUAUGAGAAGAAGAAGGGACCUUUAUCAGGAUUCUCCGGACGCGGCAGAAGGGGAAGCAGCAGGGUUUAAAUACCGAGUCCCAGCAUAAAUUUAGAUUGAAAGA